CGUCCAGCAGCUGAUCGGUAAUCCAGAAGAAGUUUCCCCUCAGUUAGGGGGGAGCUCCACUUUGAAGCAGGAGACUCCACAACCACCCUGCAUUAAAAAGGAAGAGGAGGAACUCUGCAUCACUCAGGAGGGAGAGUGUCUUCUAGGACGAGAGGAAGCUGAUUACACCAAGUUUCCACUGAGUAUUCUCUCUGUGAAGACUGAAGAUGAUGAAGAGAAACCACAAGUAAACAACCUCUUAGCUCCACUAUCAGAUAGUGAGGCUGAAGACGAGGUUGAAGAACCUUUGAGCAGCGAUAAAGACUGUGAAGAUGAUAUGAGGACUCACACUGACAACAAACACUCUGAAUGCUCUACAAAGAAGAGAGGUAAAACAUGUUUGAGCUGCUCAGUUUGUGGUAAAAGCUUUUCUUGUAAGAGGAAUUUGACUGAACACAUGAGAACACACACAGGUGAAAAACCAUUUAUUUGUUCACUUUGUGGCAAAAGCUUUUCUGUUAAGAGGAAUUUUACUCAACACAUGAGAACACACACAGGUGAAAAACCAUUUAGUUGUUCAGUUUGUGGCAAAAUCUUUUCUCGAAAUACCUUUUUGACUCAACACAUGAGAACACACACAGGUGAAAGACCAUUUAAUUGUUCAGUUUGUGGCAAACGCUUUUCUGUUAAGAGCCAUUUGACUGAACACCUGAGAACACACACAGGUGAAAAAACAUUUAACUGUUCGAUGUGUGGCAAAAGCUAUCCUGUUAAGAGCACUUUGAUUCAACACAUGAGAACGCACACAGGUGAAAAACCGUAUAAUUGUUCAGUUUGUGGAAAAAUAUUUUCUCGAAAUACCUCUUUAAUUAAACACAUGAGAACACACACAGGUGAAAAAACAUUUAGUUGUUCAAUUUGUGGCAAAAGCUAUUCUGUUAAGAGCACUUUGAUUGAACACUUGAGAACGCACACAGGUGAAAAACCAUGUAAUUGCUCGGUUUGUGGUAAAGGCUUUUCUCAUAAUGGCUCUUUGUGGCGACACGAGAAGACAUGUUGGAGAAAAACCAUUUAGUUGUUCAGUGUGCUGUAAAAGGUUCCCACAUAAUGCAGACGCAGUAAAACACAUAAGAACACACAAGAGAAAAUAACCAAUUAGCUGUUUAGUUUGUGGUAUGUUGCUCAUAUGUGGUGACAUCCACCCUACCCAGGACCUCCUCACUGCUUCUUUCACAAAUAUCUGAGGUAUUCAUACAAACUUGGAUUAUUUGGAGCAUAAUCUUAUCUAUGGGGUCUUAUCUACUCAUGACCCCAUGAAACCUUCCUGAACAGUAAGAUAGAUGAUGCUUCAAGUGCUUGGUUACUCCUUCUUCAGUCCAGGGACCUGGGGCCUCAUGUGUCAAGUUUGUGCACGCUCAAAAACCUGCACUACACCCUUUUUCACUGCAAAGUUGAGUUGUAUCAAAACUGACGUUGACGCAUAAGUGAUGCUGGGUAACUGUUUGCAUAACAAACUGCCAACUUUUACUCCUCAGACUGAUUUAUGUGCAAAUCAGUGACAUGUGAAUAUUUAACCCCCAACACCCACAACCCAACCCCCACCUCCCUCGACAUUCAGGCAUAACAGGUUCAAUCCGGCCCGCGAGAUGAGUUUGCAAAGUGUAAAAUUCAGCUACAUUUUUAAAUGAAAGAAACUGCUGUUCUAAUUGUGUCCACUGGUUGUCGCAAUAGCAAUUCUGUUAGGCAAGCAAAUAGCAUAGCAAGUAUACCAAGCAAGAGGCUGUGACUCCUCCCCCUCCACCCAACGUAAAACAGGAGUAAAAUAAGCAAUCAGUAACGCCACUUAAAAUGCAGCAUGAGACACUGCACACUGAUAUAGUUCUGUGAAAAUGAUUGUCUUCUGUGCAAAUGUAAAGAAAGUGAACAGUGUGUGAUUUACUGCAAUACUGUCAGUCUUUUAACUUUUUAUUUGUGCUUUGUUGAAAUUGUUCACACAUUGCACAGCUUUUAUUUUUCUAUCAAUACACAUUAUGUCUAGAAGACAGGAAGUAACUCAACACUCUUGAAUAGU